AUCACUACCAGCUGCUGCUUCUUGUUGUUGUUGACAAAGAUCACCACCCCUUUUCUUCAGCUGGAUUCCAUCAAGAACCGAGUUUCCCGCGGUUGCGCUUCCUUUUCUUGUUUUUCUUGUGGCGGCGCUUCCGCGGGACUCGAUACCACCACCCCAUGUCCUCUUAAAGUAGAACCUGUGAAGCAGCCCGUUGUAUCGACUUCACCACCAGAGUCUGUUGCUGUUCCUGAAAAUGGCAAAGACCACCACGACGCAAAUAAAGCUGUUGAUGAUGACAACGCCACCAGCAAAGAAGCUUUCAAACUCUCGUUGAGGAGCAGCUUGAAGAGGCCUCCCUCUGUUGCGGAGCCACGCUCUCUUGAGGAUAUUAAAGAACACGAGACGUUGAGCGUCGACGAUGCGAGCGACCUCACCGGUGGAGACGAUACGGGAAGGCGGAAAGUGCAGUGGCCAGAUGCUUGUGGUAGUGAGCUCACUCAAGUUAGAGAAUUUGAGCCCAGUGACAUGGGAUUGUCGGAUGAAGAAUGGGAGACGGGUGAACAAAGGACAUGCUCAUGUGUAAUCAUGUAGAUCAAGAAAUCAUCGGUUAUCACUCGUUUUACUCUUUGUGUGUAUCUCUCUCACAGUUUUCAAACAUUGUGUUAUUUAGUAUAUGUUAUUACCA